UAUGCGUUCUGUUAUUAGUUGUCCGUUAGUUCAUCUUCAGAGAAGUUUUAGUAGUGCGAUUGGAGAAGAAUAGAAUGAUGAAGCGUCUUUCGAAGCUAUUUUUUAUAUUGACGUCGAACGUUAUUGUAUUGGGUGCUCCAACCAAGAAAGAUGCCGAUGCAACUAUAACCAGUUAUGAUUAUAAACUGACAGAAAAUGGUUACUUUUUCGAGUAUUCAACGAGUAAUGGAAUAACAAGAACGGAAAAUGGAGUGUAUGCCAAAGGUUCCAAAAUCAAUGAUGGUGAGAGCAACAUUCUCCACGUAAGUGGAUCUUAUUCUUACGUGGACGAUAAGGGACAAACUCACAGGAUUGAUUACGAAGCAAAUGAAAAUGGAUUUCUAGUUCGAAAACCACCGGAACUGACCGCUGUUGUUACAAGUCUAGAAUCAGCUGUAGCGUUUCUAGGGGAAGAAUAUGAAGAAAAAGGUCCUCAAUAUCCGAAAAGAAUAUCAUCCGCUGCUCUAGCCUCUCUUUCUGGGUGAUUAUGAUUUUGA